AGCAAGUGAUUCGCUGCCUCUCGUUAAGCUCGACAGCAUGCUUGUAUGCUUACCUAACCUCACCAGCACUACUAAACAUCACGAGUAGCGCUUCUCGCGAUAAUCGCGUAAAGACUAGAAGGCAGGGCGAUCAGUCGGCGCUCGCCCUGCAUACUACCUCCCCGGGUUAUACUUGCUAGAAUGCAUGCAUGCACGCACGCUCUACCCGUUCAAAAGUCCGUGAUCAUUCUACACCUGCAGCAGCCCCAAAAACCCUCCGUGCCUCGUGGGCAUCCGACACAGCCGACAAAUCAAGAGCGAACAACGCAGACGAAGAGACCCAACCCCCAAUCAACCACCGCCCCAAGCGGACAUGAAACAGAAUCAGGCGAGAGACUCCUCCCGCCGGCGGACCUCAAGCGUGCAGACCAAAAGGGAAGGCGAACGGGUACUGUACAAUACGGUGUGCAUUGCAACUUGCAACUUGCCAGGUGGGGGGCGGAACUGACCCGGUACUUCUAGCUCCGGCAUUCGGGUUCCUGGAUAGGCCAGGAUAGGGCCCGUGGGUGGGUGGAUGGGUGGGUGGCGCACGUGAGAAUAAGAAGCG